GGCACGACAUAGCUGAAAACCGCCAGCGGAACAAAUGAAAACGAACACUACUCUUUCGUGUGGAUUAAUUCAGGGGCGAGACACUCAAUCGAAGCGAGAAGCUCUUUAAGCGAAAUUGGACCCACUGACGAGGAUUGGGACAUUAGCUACUGUACGAUAACACCGCCGAAUGGUUUCUCUUGCCCCGCCGCUAAGGUUUCUGGCUAAGAGAAACAACCAAUAAUGAACAGCAUCUGCUCUGCAGCCACACCCACUUCCUGCCUGUAGAGGAAGCGGCUGUGCCAGCAUGUCCUCUCAUCCCCAGUCUGUGCCCCCGGGCCGGAGGACUGGACUGGACACACGGCACCUGUCAAACCCUGUCUCUCUACCACUGCAGCUGCAGCGGCAGCACACGGAAGUGGGACUGGUCGACUACCACUCUCAUGCCAGGGACUACAGUUCCCACUUGGCCCAGCCCCAUCGCCGUCGGCCUUCCUUGCUGUCAGAGUUUCAGCCUGGGAAUGAGAGGGGACAGGAGCAGCAUAUUCGCUAUGAACACAUAUACCUGCCUGAGCCUAGCAGCCAGUCAGAGGUGGAGUAUGCAGAGAUCAAACGGCCUCGUUUAGAGAUCGGACCGGAGUCUCUGAUGAGGCCUUCGUCCCACCGGCAAUCGCUGCCUCUGGGAGGGGCUGAGGAUAUGGCAAAGGAUCGUGGGAGUGCCAUGGGGAAGCUGGAACCCAUCUCCCCUGUCAGCCCGGUCCAGAUGGACCCUGACUUGGAUCUUGUGCCGGCUCGCUUCUCCAAGGAGGAGCUCAUCCAGAACAUGGACCGUGUGGACAGGGAGAUCACUAUGGUGGAGCAGCAGAUCAGCAAGCUUCGCAAGAAACAGCAACAGCUGGAGGAGGAGGCUGCAAAGCCUCAUGAGCCGGAGCGGCCCAUCUCACCGCCACCCAGUGAGGCCAAGCACCGCAGCCUGGUGCAGAUCAUCUAUGAUGAGAACAGGAAAAAGGCAGAAGAGGCUCACAGGAUACUGGAGGGACUGGGACCCAGGGUAGAACUGCCUCUGUACAAUCAGCCCUCGGAUACCAAGCAGUACCAUGAGAACAUCAAAAUAAACCAGGCAAUGAGGAAGAAGCUCAUCCUAUACUUCAAGAGGAGAAAUCAUGCUCGUAAGCAGUGGGAACAGAAAUUUUGCCAGCGCUAUGACCAGCUGAUGGAAGCCUGGGAGAAGAAGGUGGAGCGCAUCGAAAACAACCCGCGGCGCCGAGCCAAGGAGAGCAAGGUGCGGGAGUACUACGAGAAACAGUUCCCAGAGAUCCGCAAGCAGAGAGAGCUGCAGGAGCGCAUGCAGAGCCGUGUUGGGCAGCGGGGAGGUGGGCUGACGUCGUCUGCAGCUCGCAGCGAACAUGAGGUUUCUGAGAUCAUUGAUGGAAUAUCGGAGCAUGAGAACACAGAGAAGCAAAUGCGACAGCUGGCGGUCAUCCCUCCCAUGCUGUUCGACGCCGAGCAGCAACGCAUCAAGUUCAUCAACAUGAAUGGACUGAUGGACGACCCCAUGAAGGUGUACAAGGACCGGCAGGUUAUGAACAUGUGGAGCGAACAGGAGAAGGACACUUUCAGAGAGAAGUUCAUCCAGCACCCCAAAAACUUUGGUCUGAUUGCGUCUUUUCUGGAGAGAAAGACGGUGGCAGAGUGUGUGCUGUUUUACUACCUGACCAAAAAGAAUGAAAACUAUAAGAACAUUGUGCGGAGGAACUACAGACGCCGCGGAAGAAGCCAGCAUGGCCAGCAACAGCAGCAGCAGCAACAAGUGAACCGCAGCAGCCAGGAAGAGAAGGAGAAGGAGGAGAAAGAGAAGGAGGGAGAGAGGGAUGAAGAGAAAAAUGAAGCUGAAGACAAGGAGGAUGGAAUGAAGGAUGACACCUCUGGAGAAGACGCGGAGGACAAAGAGCCCACUGUCGCUUUCAAGGGUCGACGCACAGCCAACAGCCAGGGCCGCCGCAAGGGCCGCAUCACCCGCUCUAUGACCAGUGAAGUGGAGGAGACCACCACACCGCCCCUAAACAAUGAGCUCGCCAAUCUGGAGAUGAAUGAGAGCUCUCGCUGGACUGAAGAAGAGAUGGAAACUGCCAAAAAAGGCCUUCUCCAGUAUGGUAGGAACUGGUCCGCCAUCGCCAAGAUGGUGGGAUCGAAAACCGUGUCGCAGUGCAAGAACUUCUACUUCAACUACAAGAAGAGGCAGAAACUUGAUGAGAUUCUGCAGCAGCAUAAAAUGAAAUCGGAGAAGGAGCGAAAGGCCCGUCGUAGGGGCAAAGCCCCGCAGAAUGAGGAGGCCAGUGCCCCAUACGCACCAGAGGAGGAGGAGAUGGAGGGUUCAGGAGCCAGUGGAAAUGAAGAGGAGGCCCCUGAAGAUGGAGAUGGUGGAGCCAACAACAGCUCUGACACAGAGAGCUUGCCCUCACCACAUUCAUCCGAGGACAGCAAGGUUAAGGAGGAGGGCUCAAGCAGGUCGAAGGCUGGCUCCAACGCCGCGGACAAGGAGGCAUCCAGAUCAGAUGUGGGCCAGGCAGGGGAUGAGAAACCUCCGGUCAAAGAAGAUGUAGACUCAGCCAUCAAGCAGGAGAUAAAGACUGAGACAGGGGAGCCCAACAAAGAGCAGCUGCAGCCAGCACCACCCAGUGAUGCCGCAGAUAAAAAACCUCCUACAGCCGAGACGGAGGAAGUCAAAAGCUCCACCAAGAGCUCCAAGAAGGACCAUGGGGCCAAAACGGGCUCCCACGGGGACAGUGACUCUAGUGCCACUUGCAGCGCUGAUGAAGUGGAGGAGACAGACAACACGGAUAAGAACAGAAUGACUUCUCCACGGCCCAGCCUGCUGAACUACACUCACGAUGGAGUCAUAUCCUCCCCACUGCAGAAGCCCAUGGACCUGAAGCAGCUCAAACAGAGGGCUGCUGCCAUACCGCCUAUUAUGCCAGAGGCCUCCAUGCAGGGCAGUCAGCGCAGUGGGAGUGGCAAGGCAGUGCUGCCCCCCCACGCCCUGGCACUGUACCAGCAGCAGAUCACCAUGGCUCAUGGGGAGUCCUCCCAGGAGGUCAAACAGCAGCAACAGCAACAGCAGCAGCAGCAGCAGCAGCAACAACUCUCAGGCCAGCCAGGCAAGCAGCAGCCUUACACCCCGCAGGCAGACCGAGACAGGGAGGCUCUUCACAGCAGCAGCCCUCGCAUUCGCCCGCGCAGCCCCUCCACCAGCGACAAGGAUGAGCUGGAAGGCAACGAGAGGUGGUUACUGACCCUCCUGCAGGGAUUAAAAAAGUCCCGGGCUUUCUCUCCACAUAGCGAAGCCAAGAAGCAGGCACUGGGCCCCGAUGAUCUAAGGACCUCUAACUUGGGUCGCCCUGUUCUCUCCCCGUACCCCAUGUCCCCACGAGACAUGGCCAAGAUCAGUCACGACCAGCACUUACUCCACUUCAACUCGUUCCAGCAAGCGGGCCACCCCGCACUCACUAGUGCUGCACAGGAGAGUGGUCGGCUAGCAGCAGUGAGACCCCUCACGAUGCCAGAACCACCACCUCUCAUUUCCUCCACCAAGCCAGGGGGCUCCAUCACUCAGGGGACCCCAGUGCAGCUGCACAGCCCGGCUCAUGGGUUGGACCAUGGGAAGAUGCCUCCCACACAAAUAGGGUUGUCUUGGAUGGAUCAGAGGAAAGUGGCAGGUCCUUUCCCUGUGGUGAAGCAGGAACAGUUGUCCCCUCGCAGCUCAUCCUCUCAGGCCGACAACCUGUCCAUCCAGGGGACGCCUCAUGAUUGUGCUUCUGGACGUGCUUCUAUUCCAGCUGUUCAGGGGGGUAGUAUCACUAAGGGCAUCCCAGGGACCAGAAUGCAUCCAGAUCCCUCAAUUUCCUACCGUGGGGGAUCCAUUACUCAGGGGACACCGGCUGAUGUUCUGUAUAAGGGAACCAUAACCCGUCUGAUCACAGAGGACAGCGCCAGCCGAGCUGAGAGGGAGCGAGAUGAGGCGCUGUCUAAAGGCCAUGUGGUGUAUGAGGGUAUCAGCGGGCACAUUCUCACAUAUGAACGCGCUGCUUCUCAGACCCCUAAAGAUGAGGGCCGAGGCCCUGGGCAGCCCGGGGAAAUUCUGGGCCUGAAGCGUCCUUAUGAUGCUAUGGAGGGAGGCAUCUCUAGAGGACUGCCUAUGAGGGAUUCACUGUCUGCUGCCAACUGUGAAGGUUUGAUUGGUCGAGCCAUGCCUCAUGACAGGGACAGUCCGCACCACACACCUUACAAGGAUGCUCAUCACAUCCGUGGUUCCAUCUCUCAAGGUAUACCUCGUCAUCUGGACCCUCAGGAUGGAUACCUCAGGAGGGAGGCUAAGCAGAUGAAGAGAGAGGGCUCCCCACCUCGUGGACCCAGUUCACUUUCUGACCCAAUGAAGGGCAGAGAGGCCAUGGUGCCCACUGUGAAGGAGGCAGGCCGCUCCAUCCACCUCAUUCCCAGGGAGGAGCUCAGGCAGCCUCCAAAGGAGGGCAUCAUAGCACAGGGAACACCCAUGAAGCAGGAGGCAGCUGGUUCAGGGAAACGCCAUGAUGUCCGCUCCAUCAUAGCCAGUUCACCACGUUCCUACCAUAACACCCCCUCCCACCUGGAGAUGCGUGCUGACAGGGGCCGCUAUGAAGAGGCACCAAAAGGGCGCCCCAGCGCGGUGGUCAGUACGGCUAGCCCUAUAGCCCGCUCCUCUCCCCUUACACUGGGGUCAGAGCAGGGAGGCAAGGCUCAUCACAGCCCAGUGGGCUAUGACGACAAAGGCGCCUUAAGGAACCCUUACCCUGGACCCUCUCAUCGUGGCUCCCCUCUGUCCAGGGAGGCAAGCCAAAGGCAGCAUGAUGGUUCCAGUAAGAAUCCGCCUCAGGAGCGUAAAGCCACACCGACCCCCAGGGAGAUGAGCGCCACCAAGUCACCGCUGCCUGGUGUUCCUGAUCAGCAGACCUAUGAGCGUCUGCUGCAGGGUCUCGGAACCGACAUGUACCGUCAAAUCCCCUUAACCUUCGAUCCUGCAGCGCUGCCCCGUGGCAUUCCUAUUGACCCAGCUUACUACUUGCCUCGCCACCUAGCCCCCAACCCGGCGUAUCCUCAUCCCUACCCCUACCUCAUCCGUGGCUUUCCCGACACCGCGGCCCUGGAGAACCGCCAGACUCUGCUCAACGACUACAUCACCUCCCAGCAGAUGCACCAGUGGCCUCCAACUGCUGCCAUGGCCGCCCAGCGCUCAGACCUGCUGAGGGGCCUGACUCCACGAGACCAGCCCCUUCCUCUGCCCUACUCUGCAGCCCCACGUGGGAUCAUCGAUCUUUCUCAGGUGCCACACUUACCUGUCCUGGUCCCUCCCUCUGCAGGGACAGCCGGCUCCCCAAUGGAUCGCAUCACCUACAUCCCCGGGGGAAGCACCACCUUCCCCGGCAGGCCUUACACCACCUCCCCCAUCUCACCAGUUGGCUCCUCACACUUAAACAAGAUGCAAGGCUCAUCCUCAUCUUCGGAGCGCGAGCGUGAGCGAGACCGUGAGCGUGACAGAGAGAGGGACCGGGAGAGAGACAGAGAGCGGGAGAGAGAGAGGGAGCGUGAACGGGACCGGGAGAGAGAUCGUGAGAGGGAACGCGAGAGGGACCGGGAACGGGAAAGGGACCGGGACAGGGAGAGAGACCGAGAGCGCGACAGAGAGAAGGGCGGGUCUCUUGGAAAUGUUGAGCACGCCCCCAUCUGGCGACCAGGUACAGAGCACAGCUUGGGAAACAGUAGCAGCAGCAAUGUGAGACCUGCUUCCCAACCGUACAGCCACCAGCACUCCCCGGUGUCCCCUCGCACCCAGGAGAACGUGCAGCAGAGGCCAAGCGUCCUGCACAACACUGGGGGCAAAAGUCUUUCUGUCAGCGAACACUCCAGCUCAUCUGUGUUACGGUCCAUGCCCUCAGGCCCAGGACGCUACCAAGGUUACCCUGGCCACCUCCAAAGGACAGGUGUGCCCCCUGAGGCCUACCCACCUGUCAUGGAUUCAGGUGUAGCCAAAGAACAGAGUCGUGAUGGAGGCAAAAUCAGGGGAGGUCUACCCAAGCAUGUGCAGGACCAACACGGACCCUCCAGUAAAUCAGACCCCAAGCUGUCCAGCCCCAGCCCAGGAAUAUACCCAGGUUCCUAUACCUCGGCUUCAGGCCGGCCCCAACACCUGCUGCCUCUCCAGUCGGAUAACCCUCCUGGCCGUGGAGAAAGCGGUACACCUAGUAGGGAAAAGACUCAAAACAAACCGAUGUCCAUUCAGGAACAAGAGCUCCGAGCACUCGCUCAACAGAAGAUGGAGCCACACGGUCUGUACCGUCCUCCCUCUGAGGAGAGACUGUCUCCAGGCCAACAGCCCCCGUCCCCCUGUGUUAAAGGCAGCCAGAGGGUGGUCACCCUGGCACAGCACAUCAGUGAGGUGAUAACUAAAGACUACACUAGGCAGAGCCAGCAGCAAAGCUACCACGGCUCUCCUGUCCUGGACUUGACCCGUCCACCCAGUGCCUCCCAGCCCCCGCCCACCUCACAGGAGUCAGGCCAAGGGUCCCGCUAUCCGGAGAGCCUCGGCGGAGAACGCAACAGAGAUCGGUCUCCUCCUCAGCCCAAGGCAUCACCUGUCAGUGUUUCAAAUGACGGCAUCGAACCAGUGUCUCCUGCUGGAGCCAGCUCUGAACCUGAAGUCCAGGGAGGGGCCUCCUACCCCAACGAGCAGGGAGAGCAAGGAAUGGGCUCCCGUUCCCCUCCCAAUGCCUCCCAGCCUCCGGCGUUCUUCAGCAAGCUGACGGAGAACACCUCGGCUAUCGUGAAGUCAAAGAAACAGGAGAUGAUCAAGAAGAUGACUGUGGUGGGGAACGACGGUGAUUUCAAUGCUGGUCAGCCAGGGACAGAGAUCUUCAAUAUGCCGGCGUCUACAACUGCAGGACCUGUGAGUGUCCGCAGCCACCCUACUCCAGAGGCCCCUGGUAACUCAAUAGGCCUGGAGGCCAUUAUAAGAAAGGCCUUAAUGGGCAAAUACGAUGAUCAGUCUGAGGAGCGCUCUCCAUCCAACGCCACUAACCCGAUGGGUCCCAGCGUGUCUGCUGGUAUGUCUGUAGCCGACGGACGUGGUGAGGACUGUUUCUCACAAGGUGGGGGAAAGUCCUCAAAGAGCAGUGGACGCUCUAAUGGGCGCAAAGCCAAGUCCCCAGGACCAGGUCUGUCAGGGGGGGAGAGACCAUCCUCUGUGUCCUCUGUCCACUCUGAGGGAGACUGCAACAGACGGACUCCCCUUACCAAUCGUGUGUGGGAGGACCGGCCAUCAUCCACAGGUUCAGCUCCAACUCCCUUCCCGUGUAACCCGUUGAUAAUGCGUUUCCCCAGCGGGACUGUAUCCGCUCCCUCCCCCUCCUCCGGCCAGCCGGGGGGCCAGGGCCCAGGGUCAGGACCUGGACAGGGCCGCUCCUGGGAGGAGGAGCCCAAGCCUCUGCUCAUGUCUCAGUACGAGACCCUGUCUGACAGCGAGUGACCGGAAACGCCACCGCACAACAGGACCCCGCUAACAGUCAAACCACCUCUGUGCUGCUGCAGCCACGCAAACACACACUCACACACACAUAUACACACACCUGCUGAGGCACCUGCAAACCUACCCACACCAUUCCACUCUGCAUUUUCCUCCAUCAGUCCUCAAGCAAGGAUCGUGUCACCUUUUCACACACCUGAGACACCAAGCACCGACGAGCUGGAACACUGCUGCUCCGUGUGUGUCUGUUUGCGCUUAGGUGUUAUGCAUUCACUCCAGGACUACUCUAAAGGACAAAUCACUUUGUUUUUCUUUUCGUUUUUUUAUUUGAACUUUACUACUUUUCCUCACUGGCCUUAUCAAUAUAGACACAUGGACCUGCACCUUUUGGGUGUACCGCUCUAAUGUGCUGACACUUGUGUGGAAGGGACUCUGAGGUCGUGUCGUUGGUCUGGUCAGGAGCCCGAUGACGGCUGUUCUAGAGACAGAUUUUCACUGCAGAUCUGACCUGAAAGCAGCAGCCCACACAGCGAAGACCCCCUCACGUUUCUUCAUGGUGAACUCCAGGUGCAGGCGACCUGUGCACUGCUACCACUACAAGAACACUUGUGAGAGGACGGGAGGAGGAUCAACAUCCUGUUUUUCUUGUUUUGGUUCUUUCUUUUUCUCCUUUGAAUUCAGUCCAGUCCUGUGUUUGGAACGUGAGCUGAGACCUUUAGUACAUUUUGAUGGUGAACUUUUGAUGGUGUCAUUUGUUGUCUCUUAUCUGCAAUGAUGUAUCUUUUCUGGGGGCGGGGGGCAGAGAUUGUUAUGUGGGAGGGUCAUAUCAUUGGUUUACAGGGUAAACAUGCUGUUCAUCGCUGAUGUCAUCAUAUAUUUGGGAGGGUCAGGAGAGCGGCGAAGGCCGGCUGACAUCAGGCAUCCACGUGGGGAGAGAUGCUUUGCCAGAUGGACGGCACUGAGACAAGUGACACUUUCUCACUGUUUUUAUAUUAACCAUGUCUGUGUUUGUUGAAACCGUUUUUUGGAUAUUAAGCACUUAGUUGUCAGUCUGUUCACAAUGGCAUUUUUAAGAAUCUGUGUUUCCUGGGGGAGGUAAAAAAAAAAAUGGACUCAAGAACAGCAUAGAAAUCCCACUGUGGAGGUAUCCUUUAACACCUACCUGUUUAUUUUGGUCUUGCCACCGAUAUUCUUUAGCGCUCCCACACUCAAAGCGACAAUCACAUUUCAGUGAACGACGAAUCAGCCGCUUCGAGCAGGUGCGGACCGACCUUAAAGCUGCUUAAAGGCAAAUUCCUCAGCAUCACUUGGAGUUUGCUCGCAUUGAAGAGGUGACAAAAAAUAAAAAAAUAAAGCCAUCUUUCUAUGACCUCUUGGUCCAUGGCGGCGGCAGCUUCAGCCGGCCCGCUAGAAUCCCGUCUAGGAGCUGUUGUGACGGUCUGACCUCUGACCUUUUACUGCCUAGUGGUGGACCUGAGACUCAACUCCUCAUCCAGGCAGAUUUUGUACAGUUAUGAGAUAUUCCUAGUGUUAAGUGCCAUUUAUUUUACAUAUACAGUACUGAAGUUACCAAGUGACGCACAAUUUUUCUUUUAGCCCCCCCAUGCCAGGGUUUAUACUGUCCAUGCAGGGAAAUCUGAAAUCAAAAAAGCAAAUGGAACGUCCUUUUUUUAAUUUUUUGUUUUUUUGUGUGUUGCAUUUAUUAUUUCUUCUUCCAAACCCAUCACAGCCUUAGCUUUUAACUGUUUCACUCAUUAGAUUUAUCAUCUAAACACGACAAUGCUGUAUCACAGGACAGCUUACCUGGGCCUGCAUCAGAUGUUUUCUCCACUCUAUGAGACCCAUGACAUACUUCAAGUGUACUUCAUUGCACAUCCUGUGUUCGUACGGGUCAGAGGAAGUCGAGGGGAAAGGCAUUCGAAAGCAUUCUGGUAGUUUUUUUUGUAACAUUAGUUGACAUGUUUUCACAUUUUACUUGCAGUAUUUUUUUAAAGGUCGCCCUUUCUGUAAAUGAUGUGAAAUGUUUCCCCUUGUGACUUUGUGGAAACCAGCGACGGUUUCUGUCCCCUGACUGAACACUCUGAAGCGAUGGCAGUGAGCUUAUUUAGUAGUUUCAGGAAGACUCACCUCUAUCUCUAGUUGUUUUUCUCACAGGGGAUUGUCACAACACAAACAUGACUGUUAUAGGACUACCUCCUCUCCCUCCAUCAUUCUACUUACCUGCAGAGGAUCAUCUCAGCCAUGUUUUAGCUCUGAGUUUGUUUUUCCUAUCCAGACUGAUGGAGGGUUUGUAAUUUCAUCAGGCGAAGCAAAAAUACAGCCAGGCUCUGUACAUCGGUCUCUCUGCGUGUUUGUCAUUUAUCCACUGAUGAAAUUUAAGAAUGUGACGGUAAACAGACUAAGCCAUAUCCAGCUGUUCCCUGAACUGAUGACAGACUAAUAGGUUGUUUUUAAAAGUAUAUAAUGAAAUCAGUUUUAACAUGCAUCCAUUUUGUUGUUGUCCUUAAAGUUUCUGUGUUCAAUACACACCUGUUUCAUUAUAAAUCAAAAAAUAAUCAUUCAAACCGAAAACGACAAAGUUGAUAUCUUGAUGUGUUCCCUGGACUGUCCAAGGGUGGGUGGGGGGAUUGACAUAAACAGUACAUUGUUCAACAAUUUUUGUGCAUAAUGAUUUUUUUUUUUUUUUUUUAUUAUAACCCACUGUAUAAUAGCAAGGAUUGUAUAUAAAACUGAAGAGAUGUAAAUAUUUAUGUGGCUUGCUUCAAGGUUGGUAUUGCAAAAAAAAAAAAAAAAAAAAAAAUAUUCACAUGGUUAAAUUCUACAUGCCCACCAGCAAGCUUUGUGGAUAGCAGUGUAAAAAUGAAAAACAAAAAAGACACUGCCUUAAUGUUUAAAUAAAAAGCUUAUUGCCA